AAUCAGCGAGCAAAAUUUCAUUUAGUGCCCGGAUAGGAGGAAAAAUGUUGAAAGUAGCGAGUACUUUGAGAUUAGUUUCAAAUAAGGGCAAUCAUGUCCGGGCCUUGGCAACUGCUGUAGGCUACAAGGAAGCCCUUGUAAACGUUCCUCCGACUCAACUUACAUUACUCGACAAUGGUAUCCGCGUUGCUUCAGAAGAUUCUGGCGCUGCUACAGCUACAGUGGGCCUGUGGAUUGACGCUGGAUCAAGGUACGAAACAUCUAAAAACAAUGGUGUUGCGCACUUCUUAGAACACAUGGCCUUUAAGGGUACCAGCAAAAGGUCGCAGACUGAUUUAGAGCUGCUGGUAGAGAAUAUGGGUGCUCAUCUGAAUGCGUAUACCUCUAGGGAGCAGACUGUAUUUUAUGCGAAAUGCCUCGCCAACGAUGUUCCCGUAGCCGUUGAAAUUCUCGCUGAUAUCAUUCAAAACUCAUCCCUCGCUGAACCCGAAAUCGAACGAGAACGUGGCGUUAUCCUUCGUGAAAUGCAAGAUGUCGAAAGUAACUUGCAAGAAGUAGUAUUUGACCACCUCCAUGCCACUGCUUUCCAAGGUACCCCAUUAGGACAGACUAUUCUUGGACCAACCAAAAACAUCAAGAAGAUUUCAAAGGCUGACCUCCAGCAAUACAUCAAAACUCAUUAUCAGCCAAGUAGGAUUGUACUCUCUGGAGCUGGUGGUAUUGAACACAGCAAACUUGUGGAUCUUGCUAACAAGCACUUGGGUGGCUUGAAGAACACUGCCUUAGAUGUACCUGAGUUGGCUCCCUGCCGUUACACUGGCUCUGAAAUCCGUGUCAGAGAUGACUCAAUGCCACUAGCACAUAUUGCUAUCGCUGUUGAAGGUGCUGGCUGGACAGAUGCUGAUAACAUUCCUCUAAUGGUGGCCAACACUCUUAUUGGAGCUUGGGAUAGGUCUCAAGGAGGUGGCACUAACAAUGCUUCCUUCCUUGCUAGGGCUGCUUCCUGUGAAAACCUAUGUCACAGCUUCCAGUCAUUCAACACUUGUUAUAAAGACACUGGCCUGUGGGGUAUUUACUUUGUUUCCGAACCAAUGCAAAUUGAUGAUAUGGUAUUCAAUAUUCAAAGAGAAUGGAUGAAAUUAUGUACAACUGUAACUGAGGGAGAAGUUGAAAGGGCUAAGAACCUCCUCAAGACAAACAUGCUUCUCCAGUUGGAUGGAACUACACCUGUGUGUGAGGACAUUGGCCGUCAAAUUCUAUGCUAUAACAGACGUAUCCCCAUCCACGAACUCGAUGCACGUAUCAAUGCAGUCUCAGUACAGAAUGUCCGCGACGUCUGUUACAAAUAUCUCUUUGACCGCUGCCCAGCUGUUGCUGCUGUUGGUCCUACAGAAGCUCUACCAGACUACACUAGGAUUCGUGGUGGAAUGUACUGGCUCAGAGUUUAAACUCAUAGUGUAUUCGUAUUAUAGUAAAUUCAAAAUCAGUUAAGAUCAUUAAAACUCUCUCCCAAA